AUGUUCCUGCCGAGCAUGCGCAUGCACUUGCCAGUGGUUGUGAAACGCAAGGUUGCAAGGUUACGACGCGCCGCGCCGCGCCGCGUUCAGCCGAGUGUGGAUCUGUGGACCAGCGAAGACGGCCAUCCAAAUUCGGGAAAGCUAUCUGCAGAGAGAGGCGUAUCCCUUUGCCAGCCCGGUGGUUCCAUUAGCCUAGCAAAAUGGGUGGGUCGACGAACAGCCGCAGAUUACUAA